ACUUCUGCUUCCUUAAAUACAAAGCAAAGCAAAACUCAAAAACCCUCAAAAGCCUCGACUCGCGGCACCAGCCUCCAUCGUAGGGAAAAGAAGCCAGCCAGGGCCUUUAAGAAAAUUCAGAGAGAGAGAGAGAGAGAGAGAGAGAGAGAGAGAGUUGGACAGAGAAACAGAGCAAUGGCGCAGUCGUUGGAGCUCUUGCUGAUACAAUUCUUGAUGCCGGACAACGACGCGAGGCGGCAGGCGGAGGAGCAGAUAAAGCGCUUGGCCAAGGACCCGCAGGUGGUGCCCGCGUUGGUGCAGCAUCUCCGCACGGCCAAGACCCCCAACGUCCGCCAGCUAGCCGCCGUGCUGCUCCGCAAGAAGAUCACCGGCCACUGGGCCAAGCUCUCCCCGCAGCUCAAGCAGCUUGUCAAACAGUCCCUCAUUGAGAGUAUUACCAUGGAACACAGCCCACCAGUGAGGCGAGCAAGUGCAAAUGUGGUGAGUGUCAUUGCAAAGCAUGCCAUUCCAGCAGGAGAGUGGCCUGAUUUGUUGCCCUUUUUGUUCCAAUGUAGCCAGAGUGCACAAGAAGACCAUAGAGAAGUGGCCCUGAUCCUUUUCAGCUCCUUAACUGAAACCAUCGGGAGUAGUUUUCGACCACAUUUCACGGAUUUGCAAGCUCUUCUUUUGAAGUGCCUACAGGAUGAGACUAGCAAUCGUGUUAGAGUUGCUGCUCUCAAAGCAGUGGGGUCUUUUCUAGAGUUCACUAAUGAUGGGGAUGAAGUGGUCAAGUUUCGUGAAUUCAUUCCCAGCAUUUUGCAUGUUUCCAGGCAGUGUCUUGCCUCUGGUGAGGAAGAUGUAGCUGUAAUUGCUUUUGAAAUCUUUGAUGAGUUGAUUGAAUCUCCCGCACCUCUUCUUGGGGAAUCUGUUAAAUCCAUUGUGCAGUUCUCCCUUGAAGUGUGCUCAAGUCAAAAUCUGGAAUCCAACACACGUCAUCAGGCUAUUCAGAUAAUUUCAUGGCUAGCAAAGUACAAGUCCAAUUCCCUUAAAAAGUAUAAGUUGGUUAUCCCUAUCCUGCAAGUUAUGUGCCCUUUGCUUGCAGAAUCAACUGAUGGAGAUGAAGAUGAUGAUCUUGCACCAGAUAGAGCCGCUGCUGAAGUUAUUGACACUAUGGCUUUAAACCUCCCCAAGCACGUGUUUCCCCCUGUGUUUGAAUUUGCAUCUCUGAGUAGUCAGAAUGCAAACCCAAAGUAUCGGGAAGCUUCUGUUACUGCUUUAGGUGUCAUUUCAGAGGGUUGUUUGGAGUUGAUGAAAAAUAAGUUGGAACCUGUUCUUCAUAUUGUCUUGGGGGCUUUGAGGGAUCCUGAACAAAUGGUUAGAGGGGCUGCAUCAUUUGCAUUGGGUCAAUUUGCUGAGCAUUUGCAACCUGAGAUUGUAUCACAUUAUGAAAGUGUUCUUCCCAGCAUCUUAAAUGCCCUUGAUGAUGCAUCUGAUGAAGUAAAGGAGAAGUCAUACUAUGCUUUGGCUGCAUUUUGUGAGGACAUGGGGGAGGAAAUCCUUCCUUUUCUAGAUCCAUUGAUGGGGAGACUAUUGGCAGCCCUCCACAGCAGCCCUCGGAAUUUGCAGGAGACGUGCAUGUCUGCAAUUGGUUCAGUUGCAGCUGCUGCAGAGCAAGCCUUCCUUCCAUAUGCUGAAAGGGUUCUAGAGUUGAUGAAAAAUUUUAUGGUACUUGCUAAUGAUGAGGAUCUCCGUUCACGAGCAAGGGCUACUGAACUAGUUGGAAUCGUUGCAAUGUCUGUGGGGAGAAUGAGGAUGGAAUCAAUAUUACCUCCUUUCAUAGAGGCCGCAAUUACAGGUUUUGGACUGGAGUUCAGUGAGCUUCGGGAGUAUACACAUGGAUUCUUCAGCAAUAUAGCAGAAAUUUUGGGUGAAGGAUUUGCACAGUAUCUUCCUCAUGUUGUACCUCUGGCAUUUGCUUCAUGCAAUCUGGAUGAUGGCUCUGCGGUGGACAUUGUUGAGUCUGAUGAUGAAAUUUUUAAUGGAUUUGGAGGAGUUUCAUCUGAUGAUGAAGCUCGUGAUGAACCAAGGGUACGGAAUAUUAGUAUAAGAACUGGAGUUUUGGAUGAAAAGGCUGCUGCAACUCAAGCUCUUGGAUUAUUUGCUCAACACACAAAGAGUUCUUAUGCACCCUAUUUGGAGGAGUCAUUGAAAAUUUUGGUAAGACACUCAGGUUAUUUUCAUGAAGAUGUUCGGCUUCAGGCAACAAUAGCUCUAAAACAUAUCUUACUAGCAGCGCUGACAAUCUUCCAGAGUCAAAAUGAAGGAACAGCAAAAACAAAAGUAAUUUUAGACACCGUGAUGAAUAUCUAUAUCAAGACUCUGGCUGAAGAUGAUGACAAAGAAGUUGUUGCUCAAGCUUGUCUGAGUGUAGCUGACAUCAUCAAGGAAUAUGGAUACAUGGCUAUUGAGCCAUACAUGCCUCGGCUUGUUGAUGCUACUUUAUUAUUGCUCCGAGAGGAAUCAGCUUGUCAGCAAACAGAACCUGACAGUGAUAUUGAUGAUGAUGAUACCCAGCAUGAUGAAGAGCUUAUGGAUGCAAUUUCUGAUCUUCUUCCUGCAUUUGCCAAGUCCAUGGGUUCUCAUUUUGCACCCAUAUUUGCGAAGCUAUAUGAUCCUUUAAUGAAAUUCGCGAGAGCUUCACGCCCUUCGCAAGAUCGAACCAUGGUGGUCGCUUGCCUCGCAGAAGUAGCUCAGGAUAUGGGUUCUCCAAUUGCAGGCUAUGUUGAUAGAGUAAUGCCCUUGGUACUGAAAGAGUUAACUUCAUCCGAGGCCACUAAUAGAAGGAAUGCUGCUUUUUGUGUUGGAGAGCUGUGCAAAAAUGGGGGCGAGUCCGCUUUGAAAUACUAUGGUGAUACAUUGCGUGGACUUUACCCCCUAUUUGGGGAAUCUGAGCCAGACAAUGCCGUCAGGGAUAAUGCAGCUGGUGCAGUGGCAAGGAUGAUAAUGGUGCACCCUGAGUCUGUCCCACUAAAUCAGGUCCUUCCUGUUUUCUUGAAAGUUCUUCCUUUGAAAGAAGAUCAUGAGGAGUCCAUCACAGUCUAUAGUUGUGUAUCUACUCUUGUUUUAUCGUCAAAUCCACAGAUCCUCUCUCUAGUUCCGGAGUUGGUUAAUCUUUUUGCUCAAGUAGUGGUUUCCCCUGAAGAAACUUCUGAAGCUAAGGCCGAAGUAGGCAGAGCUUUCUCUCACUUGAUUUCACUGUAUGGUCAGCAAAUGCAACCCCUUUUGAGCAACCUCUCUCCCGCACAUGCUAAUGCACUAGCUGCAUUUGCCCCAAGAAGCUGAAAUGUAGUUAUCGAGUUACCAUUCUUUCCCAUAAGUUGUGGGCCCUGAAAGAAGAUCAUCAUCCCUAUACCAGGUUGUUGGUCCUGCUGCUUCCAGUGACCACCUCCAUUUUUCCUCUGUGGAGACACUGCUUUUUCGUUCAAAUUCACACAUUGCAAAAAUAUAUUUAUUUUUUCAAUACCUAUGUUUUAUUUGGUUUUGGCUCCCGUACGUGGUAUGCUCUCUAAUUUAUUUGUUUGUUGACGUUUUGCUUUGAGAGUUUCUACACGUUACCAGAUGGUCCCAUUUUACUAGAAGAUUGUGUAUAUUUUCCCGUUUGCUGUUGCAUUUUUUUUUUACAUUAAUUUAUAAAUGGAGAUGGUUUACAUUGUCA